UCCCCAGCUAAACGUUGGGGGAGGGGAAUACCCGGAGAAGCUCCGGGAGGUUUCCGGCGCCGACGCGUUCGGGGCUUCCCUGGGGUGCGCGGAUACCACUGAGGCCCUUACCCGACCCCCCCCCCCCCGGCCCCAUCCCCGCAAAGCCUCAAAGCGGGGCCUAUGUCGCCGGAAGCCACCCUCCGAGGGCGGUAGGGCCCCGUUCCGCUGGGGGCACAGGCCAUCGCCAGCACGGCCAGAAGUUCCCCUCAGCUCUGGAGCCGGAGGCUCUGGUUCCCCUUGUCCGAUUUAGGAGAACGCUUUCCGUACCCAACCAGGCAAAUGUGCAAUACCAAAAUGUCUUCUGAUACAGACGGUGCCUUAAGCACCUCACAAAUGCCAGCUUCGGAACAAGAGGCUCUGGUUAGACCAAAGCCAUUACUCCUGAAGUUGUUGAAGUUUGCUGGUGCACAGAAAGACACAUUUACAAUGAAGGAGGUUUUAUUCUAUCUUGGCCAGUAUAUUAUGUCAAAACAAUUAUAUGAUAAAAAGCAGCAGCAUAUUGUCUAUUGUUCAGAUGACCUUCUUGGAGAUCUGUUUGGGGUACCAAGCUUCUCUGUGAAAGAACAUAGGAGAUUAUAUGCGAUGAUUUCUAGAAACUUGAUAGCAGUCAAUCAGCAGCAAGAACCUGCUUUUCCAAAUACAUCAAGAAAUGAAACCAGGUGUCAGCUUGAAAUAGCAAGUGGUCAAAAGGAGUCAGUGCAAGAAUUGCAGGAAGAGAAACCAUCACCAAAUUUGAAUUCUAGACCAACUACCUCAUCUAGAAGGAGAACACUUAGUGAAACAGAAGAAAAUUUGGAUGAAUUGCCUGGUGAAAGACACAGAAAACGGCACAAGUCAGAUAGUAUUUCCCUUCCAUUUGAUGAAAGCUGUGCUCUCUGUGUCAUAAGUGAGAUAUGCUGCGAACGAAGCAAUAGCAGCGACUCGACAGAAAUCCCUUCAAGUCCGGAUAUUGAUACUGGUGUAUUAAGUGAAAAUUCAGAUGAUUCAGUUUCAGACCAAUUCAGUGUUGAGUUUGAAGUUGAGUCUAUUGAUUCAGAUGAUUAUAGUCACAAUGAAGAAGGACAAGAACUCACAGAUGAAGAUGAUGAGAUAUACCAGGUAACUGUAUAUGAGGCAGAGGAGAGUGACACUGACUCAUUUGAUGAAGACCCUGAAAUAUCCUUAGCUGACUAUUGGAAAUGUACUUCCUGUGAUAAGAUGAAUCCUCCACUUCCAUCACAUUGCCACAGGUGCUGGGCUCUGCGAGAGAAUUGGCUUCCUGAGGAGAAAAGUGAUAUGUCUGCUGAUAAAGGCAAACUAGAAAACCCAACACAGGGGGAGGAAGAGGGCUUUGACUUGCCAGAUUGUAAAAAAAAUAAGAUGAAUGACUCUCAAGAUUCCAGUAUUGAGGAAAAUGAUGAAAAAAUAAUACAGCUAUCAGAAUCCCAGGAAAGUGAGGAUUAUUCUCAGCCAUCAACAUCUAAAAGUAUCAUCUGUAGUAGUCAGGAAGAUGCUAGAGAUUUCGAGAGAGAAGAAGCACAAGACAAAGAAAGAAGUAUGGAAUCUAUUCCCCCGAGCACUGUAGAGCCCUGUGUCAUCUGUCAGAGCCGCCCUAAAAAUGGUUGCAUUGUCCAUGGAAGGACAGGACAUCUUAUGGCAUGUUUCACAUGUGCUAAGAAGCUGAAAAAGAGAAAUAAGCCUUGUCCAGUGUGUAGGCAGCCAAUUCAAAUGAUUGUAUUAACUUAUUUUCUUUAAAUAUGAUAUCUUAAAAAUGGAACCAUAUAUCUUCAUGUGUGUACAUGUGGCUAUGCAUGUAUGUUUUACUCUUUCUUUUAGAAGGAGAGACCGAAUCUAAACUAUGUUCACACAUGGCUUGGAAAUGUGUUUAAAAUUUUAUUUUUGUACACUCCCUCCCCCCCAAGAAAAUGAAUAUUUUAAUCUGUUUAGGUUACCUCUAUAGUGCAAUUUGCUUAUUUGGGAAGAUCCUUUUUAUUCUCUUCCUUUGGGAAAAAAAUAUUCAGGUGUCCAUUUUUUCCAUUUGUUGUUUCUGUUUUUCAUUUGAAUUAUUUAUAGAGGCAGUUGGGUAUAGUGGAUAGAGUGCUAAUCUGAAAGAUUUAGAUUCAAGUGCCACAUUAGACACUUAAAACUUAUUGAACCUAGACAAAUCAUUCAACUUUUCUGUGCCUUAAUCAAUUCCUAAGGUUUUUCUGCUAAAUGAGAUAAAUUGAGUGUAAGUCAUUUGACACUCAUUGUGGAUGUUGAAACUACACAUCUUUUUUUUUUCUUAAUUCAAACUUCCAUUGUAAUGUCAAACUCAAAAGUACACAAAUGUUAUAGGCAAGGAUGAUGCAUUUGCCAUGGACCCUGAACAGUGAGUAGCUUUACAGUAAAUUAACAAGUUGACACAGCCACACAGAGUCACCUUUCAGCACUAAUAGAAUACAUAACACCAAACACGCUGAAUGGGUCUCAUGAAUAUUUGCUUAAGACAGCUGUUAACUGACACCUGUUUGGUAAAAGUUGUACUUGAUAGAAGUCUAAUUUACAUCCUUACUAUACAUUGCUUUUGAGAUCUUAAUUUAUAAAAAGGCCAAUACAGGAUUUCAAUUUGCAUGGAACAGAAAUACAAUUGGCAUAUUUUGGGAGGAGGGGGAAAUUCACAAUUAAAAAAAAUUAUUUUUUGGAAAUUUUAUUUAAUUAGUCAAUUUAGAACAUUAUUCCUUGGUUACAAGAAUUAUAUUCUUUCCCUCUCCUCCCCCACCCAUUCCCAUAGCCGACGCACAAUUCAAAUGGGUUUUACUUGUGUCCUUUAUCAGAACAUAUUUCCAUGUUGUUGAUGUUUGCACUAGGAUGUUCAUUUAGAAUCUACAUCUCCAAUCAUAUCCCCCUAGACUCAUGUAAUCAAGCAGUUGUUUUUCUUCUGUGUUUCUACUUUCACAGUCUUUCCUCUGAAUGUGGAUAGAUCCCUCUGGGUUGUUCAGGAACACUGCAUUGCCACUAAUGGAGAAGUCCAUUACAUUUGAUUAUACCACAGUGUAUCAGUCUCUGUGUAUAAGGUUCUCCUGGUUCUGUUCCUUUCACUCUGCAUCAAUUCCUGGAGGUCAUUCCAGUUCACAUAGAAUUCCUCCAGUUUAUUGAGCACAAUAGUAUUCCAUCACCAACAGAUACCACAAUUUGUUCAGCCAUUCCCCAAUUGAAGGGCAUCCCCUUAUAUUCCAGUGUUUUGCCACCACAAAGAGCAUAGCUAUGAAUAUUCUUGUACAAGUCUUUUUCCUUAUCUCUUUGGGGUAUAAACCCAGCAGUGUUAUAGCUGGACCAACGGGCAAGGCAGUCUUUUAGCGCCCUUUGGUCAUAGUUCCAAAUUGCCCUCCAGAAUGGUUGGAUCAAUUCACAACUCCACCAGCAAUUCAUUAAUGUCCCGACUUUGCACAUCCCCUCCAGCAUUCAUUACUUUCAUUUGCUGUCAUAUUAGCCAGUCUGCUUGGUGUGAGGUGAUACCUCAGAGUUGUUUUGAUUUGCAUCUCUGAUUAUAAGAGAUUUAGAACACUUUUUCAUGUGCUUAUUAAUAGUUUUGGUUUCUUUGACUGGAAAUUGCCUAUUCAUGUCCCUUGCCUGUUUAUCAAUUGGAGAAUGGCUUGAUUUUUUUGGUACAAUUGAUUUAGCUCUUUAUAAAUUUGAGUAAUUAGACCUUUGUCAGAGGUUUUAGUUAUGAAGAUUUUUUUCCAAUUUGUUGCUUCCCUUCUAAUUUUUGGUUGCAUUGGUUUGUACAAAACCCUUUUUAAUUUGAUGUAAUUAAAAUUAUUUAUUUUACAUUUUGUGAUUUUUCUAACUUACUUGGUCGUAAAAUCUUUCAUUUCCCAAAGAUCUGACAUGUAUACCAUUCUUUGUUCACCUGAUUUACUUAGAGUUUCCUUCUUUAUAUUCAAGUCAUUCCCCCAUUCUGAGUUUAUCUUGGUGUAGGGUGUGAGAUGUUGAUCCAAACCUAAUCUCUCCCAUACUGUGUUCCAAUUUUCCCAGAAGUUUUUAUCAAAUAGUGGAUUUUUGUCCCAAAAGCUGGGAUCUUUGGUCUUGUCAUAGACUGUCUUGCUGAGGUCACUUACCUCAAGUCUAUUCCACUGAUCCUCCUGUCUCUUAGCUGGUAACAUAUUGUUUUGAUGACCACUGCUUUAAAUCAGCGUUUUUUCAUGUGUACUACAUUUUCUAAUAGCAAUCUAAAAUAUGACAUUUUUUUCCCCCCAAUGUGCAAUGCCUGGCUUAGGACCUUUAUAAAAUGAGUAUAAAUUUGUCUGAAUUUACCACUGUUUCCUCCUGGAAAAAAAAAACAAAACAUUUGCAAGUUGCUCUUUCCCAGACAGAUAUAGUUUUGAUAUAAGUAUAAACAGUUAUUAGUUUUGUGACAUCCUAUUAAGAAUUGCUUGUUAUUUUCAAGAUUAACUAUUUCUGUUUAUUAAAUUGCAUAUGUGUUUUCUAUUUGGGAAGUGUCAAGGAUUUUUUGAAAAAUAUGUAAAUAGUAAAUUUAAUAAAUAUUAUUUAAGUUAAA